AUGGAUCAGUAUAGAAACCUAACUCAUACGUACAACACGAAUUUCAAUACCCCGCAAUUCAAGACAGGAUCAUCCUACACCAAUUACGUAUAUCGAGGAGGAUAUAGCCAUCGAAGGCCUCGUUUGAGAGCCAGGGGCUUCAAGAAUGCGUACGGAAGGCCCUAUUUGGGACGAAAGGGCGUGAAUUCGACGAGCUACGUAGAAGACAUGGUGGUAAUCGAUGAAGAGAACGCUUCGACUGAAGAAGCUGAAACGAACAUUAACAAAAACGAAGCCCUACUGGGGCUGGAGGAACCAACCAUCGACAUAAAUUCGGCUUUAGAAUCUAUAAUUAGUAACAACGAAUGUGCAGUAACUUCACAUAAUGCGCAAGCGGAAAAUACCGCGAUUAGUUCGAACGAAACCGCUAAAAGAAGACACUCUUCUACAGAUAUAUCGGAUUGGAACGUCGAUAAACCUGCAGUUAACGAUGAUUCCAAUAAAACGGGGCCUAUUGUAAAGAAACGACUCUCGCUAACCGGUUCUCCUGAUAGUAAGAGGCCAAAAGUAGCCGUUGGUAACGCACCGCCUACUGCGAAAGCUACAAAGUCGAAUUCGGACAAAACCGUCGAUAAUAUCGAUAAUCAAAAAAGUAAAACCAACCCGUAUUAUCCCAGCCUUUCGAGUUACAAGAUACCCAAGAAGAAAACGUUCAGCGAACCCAACGAGACUAUCAUCUCGACAAUCAGCGAAUUGUUCCAGCAAGUGGGGCCCGAAGCGAAACAACCGGAUGUUUCGGAGGAUGCGAAACGUGCAUCCGAUGAAAGGGAGAAAUUGCACAAAAAAAUCCCCGCCGAAGACCCGAAAGUGCCUUCGAAGCGUAAAAAUGCGCCCGAAGGAGUGCGCAAAAGGUCGAAAGACAAAUCCCAAAUAAUAUGUAAAUACAAGUACAAAGGGGUUUAUAUAAACUUGAAACCUUGUAGCGUUAUCGUGGAAAGAUGCAAGGUGUUACUGGACAGUAUAGUAUCACCUGAAGUUAGUCCGAAAGCACAAAUUUCCAGCUCGAAUUGUACCAGUACAAUCGAUAAUAAGCCAACUGAAGUUUCCAACGAUAAAUCUGUACAUAACGUUUCCAAACCCAACCAACACAACGAAUUAGGAUGUAAAAAACAGUACAAUAAUAAUAAUAAUUUAACUAUUAAUAACCUAGAAGUUAGAAAAGGCGGAGCAGAUGGAUCAGAAACAACCGUAAGAAACGUUAAUAGAAUAUCUUUCGAACACUACGUUAAAAGGAAACGAUUAAAUAGCGAUAAUAACAAAGUACCAGAACAAUCCGAUGGUAGCGCAACUUUACAAGUACCUGAACGUAAAAGACUGAUUUCCAGCGAACCGAGUAACGACCAGCCUGAUAUUAGAAGGCACUUCUCCGAAGGACCUAAGGAAGUUUAUCAAAAACCCAGAGAUGUUUGGGAUAAUCGCGUUGCAUCGGGAGUACCCCAUACCAAUUACUUAGGACAUGUACUGGCUAGUGAUAGUUUAAGAAAUCGCGAGUACUUCAACAACACUCGAACUGAUCGACUUCCGGAUAAUCCAGGAAUCGAGUGCCGCUUAUCGAAUAUUUAUAAUAUUACAGGACCCAAGGAAGUUUAUCAGAGACCUAGAGAUGCUUGGGAUAAUCGCGCUGUUCAAUAUGCACCGGGAGUACCUCGUACGAAUUACCCAGGGCAUGUACCGGCUAGUGAUAGUUUAAGAAAUCGGGUGUAUUUCAACGAUACUCGAACUGAUCGACUUCCUGAUAAUCCAGGAAUCGAGUCCCGCGUAUCGAAUACUCAUAAUAUUACAGGACCCAUGAAUGUUUAUCAUAAAUCUAGAGAUGCUUGGGAUAAUCGCCCUGUUCAAUAUGCAUCGGGAGUACCUCGUGCAAAUUACCUAGAGCAUGUACCGGCUAGUGAUAGUAUAAGAAAUCGGGAGUACUUCAACGAUACUCGAACUGAACGCCUUCCGGAUAAUCCUGCAAUCGAAUCUCGCGUAUCGAAUACCCAUAAUGUUACUCCAGAACCUAAUCGUGCGUUUGAAACUACUGAUAACAAAUCUAACGUUUUACAAAACACUUCUCAUCGCGAUACCUCUCCGAGUGUUCCUAAACCGCCAGUAGUAAAAGAACAAUUUUCGCUGCUCGAUAAACUGUUGCAUUACUCCGAGUACAGUAAAACGCCAAAGGCGACUGGUACCGUAUCGCGCCAUUUUAGCGCUGCGCGAGCCAAUUCUCUGGAAAGAAAACCGAAAAUUUUCAAACCGACAAUUCCGGAAGAACCACAAUCGCCCGGCAUUGCGGCCAAAAGAGAACCCGUUGCUAAUGUUCAACCAGAAGUGGAUAAUGUGGUUAAAAAGGAACCACCGAACAUCGUCGUAUCUUGCAUACAUUACGCCAUCAAAUCCGAACUCGAGUCAUUCGAGAAUUGCUGCAGCUUAAUCGUAGAUGCGCGCCCGAUGUUAGAAACGUGCGAAUAUAAAGACAUAGAGGUAACCGAGCUUUGCUCGGCGAUCGUGAAGAUAACAGAAGUGUACGAAAAAACCGAAAUAAUCCACCAAAGAAUCCCCAAAUUGGAGAAAUUGUACACUAACGAAGUAACGUUCAUCGAUUUAACCAAAAGCGAAGAUAACAACAACAAUGCCAACGAUAAAAUCACUCUGUAUAGAAGCGAGGAAAACCAAUUGGCUAACGAUGAAGAAAUCGUGGCUUUAUCGGCUUGUCUACCGGGAAUGUCCUAUUUAAAAUCGCGGAAAAACGACCAAUUUAGCGAGAAUUUAGAGGAGAAGAAACCGAUAAUCGGGCGGUAUUUAACAGUCAGCAAAUCGCUGUUCGAACCUAAAGAAGACACCAGAAGUAUUAACGCAAAUACCGUUUCUAAUGAACCUACGGAGAGCUCGCCUGUACCACAAAACAAUCUAAAUAACGCAAUAACCGUUUCUAAUGAACCUCCGAAUGAUACAACUAAUUCAAGAAAUAUUCCCAAUGAAGCUACAGAAAGUUCUCCUACGCUUCAAAUAAAUAGUAAUGCGCCUCUUUUACCUCUAAACAAUCUAAUCACCAGAACUAUUUCUAAAGAACCUGCGGAAAGUUCUUUACCUCAAAACAAUCCAAAAGUUAUUUGCAACGAGCCUUUUUCAACUCUAAACAAUCUAAUCAAUGUAAGAAUUGCUCCUAACAAACCGACAGAACGUCCUACUUUACCUCAAAACAAUCUAACCAUAGCAAGGUUACUUUCUAACGAGCCUUCUCCAGCUCAAAAGCGCCCUAGUACUGCCGUAAAUGACUCGAACAAAGCACCUUCUCCGCCAACUUCGAAUCCCUGCAACAGAAUCUCCUAUCCUGCUCCGGAUGUUCACGUUAUCAACGCAACAGCUUCCCGAGGACUCGCGGGGAAUUCCACGAAUCCAAAUUACUCGAUUCCCAGUGGAAGUAGAGCGUGUAAUGUCGACGUACCGCCGCAGGAGUAUCGAGCCACCGGCGCCCAAAAUUCUAGAUAUCCGUGUAACAACUGGCGACCGGCGGCGCUGCAGCAAUGGCACAAGUGCGUGGGCGAUUUCGUUUACAUGGCCAUCAGCCACCAGAAGUGCAACAAGCGGCUGUGGGACCUGUUCAAAUCGAAGAAACUGGGCGAGUUCCCGCACCUCGUCGAAUCCCAAUCGUCGCUCUGUCGAUGGAAGGUGUACGGGCGCGGUCUGAUGCAGUUCCUCGACCGGUCGCGCAUCGAUCCGCUGGCGGCCUUCCUGCCGCAGCAGCACAUCAACCUCGUCAUCGAGUACUUGAACGGGCUGGAACAGGUCCCGGUACCGUUGCCAUUGUUCUAUUUGUUCUUGCACUGCAUCAUGUCCGAGACGGAGGCGUUCUAUUUGGCCCAUCCGAUUUUGAGGAGUUUCUACGCGAACGUUAAGGCGACUGCUUGCGCUAUCACGGAGAAGGCCAAGCGAGCGACUGUGCGAGAAUCCGUUUGGGACAAGACGCAAUUGGAUAGGUUGAAGCAGCAGAUAUUGGUGUACAAUUCGAUCAAUGCGAAUAUCAAUCGAUCCUCCAAAGAAAGCGGUACGAAUAACGUUAAUACACAUCGAAGAAACGAGGUGUCUGUUCCCAGUACGCGAGAAUACAACAGGAAUUCUUACGUUCCAUUCGAUUCCCGAUACACUAACGAAUCGAUUAAUCCAUUGAGGUCGAUUCGUCGCCACAAUUUCGCUGAUAAAUUCACCGUUAACGUUAAUUCGGCAAAUUCGACCAGUUCCAAUCAAUUACCCAUGGUAGAGAAUUAUCUCGUCAAUCCAACAACUGUUAAUAACGCGCAAUCGCCUGGUAAUCGUCCGUUAACGGAGCCAUGUACUUCUAUUAACGCUAAUCCACUGUUCGAUCCGCCUAACGUUAGUAAAUCGUCCGUUAACGUUGAUUCGCCGAUUAACGGGCGGUUCGAUCCGUCUGACGUUAGUAAAACGUCCGUUAACGCUAAUCCCUCGUUCGGUGACGAUUUUUUCGACGAAACGGAGACGGAAACUUGUUCUGAAUCGAAUGGAGGUGAGGAUUGUUUUGCGUGCGAUAGCAAAAAUGGUGUAUUGGAUGAAUCGAUUAAAAGCGAGGAGGUUGUUAUCGAUGAUAAGAAUGGUAUCGUAGUUGAAUCGAACGGUGACGAGGUGAUCGAUUUGACUUGGUUGGAUAGUAUCGAUUGCGAGGAGCUGAAAAUCGAUGUGGAUUUCAUUAAGAAAGAGGAACCUUUGGAGGAUGAGGAACGUUUCGAUACUGAUGGUUCGUCGAUGGAUGGAGUAUCUUCUACGUAUCAGUAUUUGUACUCGGGAAGGUUGUGUAUUUGCGAGAAAUUGGCCACUUUUAUUUGCGAUUGUCGGAUGGUGAUGUAUUGUGGUACUACGUGUCAGAAAGACGACUGGAAACAACAUAAACAGUUGUGCAUGAAAAUGACGAAGCAAUUAGACAAUUAGAAAAGUUUUUUUUACGUUACCUCACAUUACCUAUUGUUUAUUUUAAAUAUUUAGUUAUAAGUUAAAAUAAAUCGCGUUUUCUUUUGUUUGUUUCGAUAAGUAUUAAUAGAUUUAACUUGUUUGGUAAAUUACACCACCGGUUUUCUUGCGUUAUUUCGUGAAUAGGAAGAUGUUAUUACGAUUUUUUCGGGCCAAGUGCAAUGAAUCGUAAAGAAAACGGUGGGGUAGAUUGUUUAUGUAUACUUUGUUGAUUAAAAGUUCAAAAUUUUUAUUUGGUUUAUCCAUUGAAUUAUGAUACUUGUGUUAGAUAUACAGCUAAGUGGAAAUAUGGUCAAUUAUGUAAGAGUUGAACAAGGAAUGAUUAUUGAAAUAACUGUGGUCAGAGUGAGAAAGUUGCCAUCCUACAGUAUCGCUUUCUUUUUCUUUCAACGAGGAAGAGGAGGUUUUGUUUAUACACAUUGUAAAUUGUCGAUGAGUAAAAGUGUUGUUGUUGUGUGUUACAUUCAUUAUUUUCAUAGAAAUAAUGUUUUUUUUUUUAAUUAAAACUUUUAAAG